GGGUACAACAACAAGCGCUGCUGACCUCGAGAUUGUCAUAUGCGUCUCAUCAAACAUGACAUCAACCUUGGAAGAGCAGUCUUCUGGAAUGUCAAGAACAGCUUGCCACGCUCACUCAUAACCAUCGAGUGGGAAGACACCUUUGUCAGUGUCUACUCGAAGGACAACCCACAGUUGUUGUUCUCAAUAUGCAGCUUUGAGGUUUGCAUCCUACCCAAGAUUAGGACGAUGGGUGGUGAGCAGUUCUCAUUUAAGGACUCUGUGUGGAACCUGACCAAUGAGCAGACAAAAGAGAGAACUGCGCAGGUGCUCCUCCAUGUCCCCAAUGAUGGUGUCCAGCAGUUCAACAACCUUAUUCGUCAGGUCCUGGUGAGCUCCAGCUUCACCACUUUCUUGAAGAUUGUCAACAAGUGGAACACUGCUCUGAUCGGUUUGAUGACUUACUAUUGCAAGGCUGUCAUCCACACAAAUGAGCUUUUGGACUCCCUUGUCAAAGCAGAGAACAAGAUUCAAACCCAUGUCAAGAUCAGCUUGAACAGUAAGAUGCCAUCCCAUUUCCCACCUGUUGUCUUCUACAUGCCAAAGGAGCUUGUGAUUUGCGAUGGUUCAAGCAAACCGACGUUGGAGUUACACACUUCCAUGCUGCCAUGGGAGGCAGAGUUCUUGGAUUCAGCUCGUGAUAGCUGGGACCGUGAUAUUCCUCAUAUCAACACCCUCUUCCAAAAGGAUCAUCACACUUUGGUGUAUGACCAAGGUUGGCGUGUGUGUACAGAUUGGAAGCAGUACCAGCUGCUGAAACACAACUCCUUGUGGUGGACGUCUCAGCACCACAAUGGAAAGCUCUGGCAACUGAACAACUACCGUGUUGACACUAUUUCUGCACUGGUGUUGAGGGUAUCUUGGAGCACAUGCUCUUCAAAGGCACUUACUUCCCCACCUGGGGGGUCUCUUCUGGGAGAAGGCAUCUGGAUUUGA